AUGAAUUUCUUACCAAUCUUACAAGAUCCUCAGAAGUUCACGCUGUUCAAAGACAGUGGCAGUAGCGACUUCUUCAGAAUAGAUCUCUUGAACUAUGUGAACGAUCUAACUAGAGAUAUCGAACAGUUGCGAUCUGAUAACCGAACUUUAAAGAGAGAUAUCUCCGAAUUAAAAGAAGAAUUGGUUAUUGUCAAUAAUGAUUCGGUUAUCAAGCAAAAGGAAAUCUCUCGUUUGGAAAAGAAAAACAUAUCGAUGAAAAAACAGAUUGAUUUGAAUACUUAUAAAGGAUAUCAUUAUCGAUAUAAUUCAAGAAGCCAGAGUGAAACACCUUUCUCUCCUUCUUCGACCUCUUCCUCAUCGUCUCCGCCUCCUCUUAUUAAACAUGAUGUCUCGCUCGAUCAAAAUGAAGCAUCAUUACCACAGCAUAUUCUCGAUAAUAUCACUGAUGAAAUAGUCAGUAAAAGCGUCGAUUCAAUUAUUGAAAAGGACCCAGUCGAAGACUUAGAUUCCGUGAACGAUACAAACUUGUUGAAAAUCAAGGUGAUCCAACUCAAUGAUGAGUUGAAUCGUUCUAGAGAUGCCAACAAGGCAUUUAGGAAAGCAUUAUCGGAAAUUGGUUCUGUGGUGAUUUCUGUCGCCAAGGGUGACUUAUCCAAAAAAGUUCAAAUCCAUGAUGUUGAAUCAGAUCUCGAGAUUUUGAAUGUGAAAACCACAAUCAAUACAAUGAUGAAGCAAUUGAAUACGUUUGCUGUGGAAGUUACUAAAGUCGCUAAUGAAGUCGCCAGCGGGGUUUUGGGUGGGCAAGCAAAGAACGACGGGACAGUGGGUAUUUGGAGAUCGCUUACCGACAAUGUGAACAUCAUGGCCUUGAAUUUGACAAACCAAGUUAGAGAAAUUGCCGACGUUACCAGUGCAGUUGCAAAAGGUGAUUUAUCAAGAAAGAUUAAUGUACAUGCUCAAGGAGAAAUCUUGCAGUUCCAGAAUACCAUUAAUACCAUGGUGGAUCAGUUGAGAACGUUUGCUAUUGAAGUCACCAAAGUUGCUAGAGAUACCGGGGUUGAAGGUAAGUUGGGAGGUCAAGCGCGAAUCAAAGGAGUUGAAGGGAUUUGGAAAGAGUUAACUGAUAAUGUGAAUGCUAUGGCUACCAAUUUGACCGAUCAAGUCCGAAAUAUUGCCAAUGUUACUACCGCGGUCGCUAAUGGGGAUUUGUCAAAAAAAGUCACUGCCAGUUGUAAAGGGGAAAUUUUAGAAUUGAAGAUCACCAUCAAUCAAAUGGUGGACAGAUUGCAGAACUUUGCUCUUGAAGUCACGACUUUAGCAACAGAGGUAGGCACAAAAGGUAUUCUUGGAGGUCAGGCCAAUGUUAAAGAUGUCGAAGGUGCUUGGAAAGCAGUUACUACUAAUGUGAAUAUUAUGGCGGCUAAUUUAACUAACCAGGUGAGAUCUAUUGCUGCAGUGACCACUGCUGUCGCUCAUGGUGAUUUGUCUCAAAAGAUUGCUGUUCAGGCUGAAGGGGAAAUUUUGGAAUUGAAGAAUACUAUCAAUAAGAUGGUGGACUCUUUGCAAGUCUUUGCCCUGGAAGUCACCAGAGUGGCAAAGGAUGUGGGUAUUGAUGGUAAAUUGGGGGUUCAGGCUCAGGUUAGUGACGUUGAUGGAUUAUGGAAAGAAAUCACCACAAAUGUCAAUACAAUGGCUGCAAACUUGACCACUCAGGUGAGAGCGUUUGCCCAAAUUACCGCUGCGGCAACUGAUGGAGACUUCACAAGAUUCAUUACUGUUGAGGCCUCUGGGGAAAUGGAUGCUUUGAAAACCAAAAUCAAUCAGAUGGUUUUGAAUUUAAGAGAAUCGAUUCAAAGAAAUACCGCUGCCAGAGAAGCUGCUGAGUUGGCCAACAGAUCGAAAUCCGAAUUUUUGGCCAAUAUGUCCCACGAAAUUAGAACUCCAAUGAAUGGUAUUAUUGGGAUGACUCAAUUGACUUUGGACACCCAAUUGACUCAAUAUCAACGAGAAAUGUUAUCCAUUGUCCACAACUUGGCAAAUUCUCUAUUGACUAUCAUUGAUGAUAUUCUUGAUAUUUCCAAAAUUGAAGCCAAUAGAAUGACGGUUGAACAAAUUGAUUUCAGUUUACGAGGCACGGUAUUUGGGGCAUUGAAAACCAUGGCGGUUAAGGCCAUCGAGCGUCAAUUAGAUUUAGUGUAUCAUUGCGAUAACACCUUUGCCGAUAAUUUGAUUGGUGAUUCCUUUAGAUUGAGACAAGUCAUUUUGAAUUUGGUCGGGAAUGCUAUUAAAUUCACAACUGCUGGUAGAGUUUCGUUAUCAGUUCGUAAGCAAGACUGGGUCAGCGACGAUGGAAGAUUUUUCCUCGAAUUCUGUGUGGCCGAUACUGGUAUUGGUAUUGAAGAAGACAAAUUAGGAGUGAUUUUUGAUACCUUCUGUCAAGCUGAUGGGUCCACCACCAGAAAGUUUGGUGGUACAGGUUUAGGUUUAUCGAUCUCCAAGCAGUUGAUUGAUUUGAUGGGAGGAAGUAUUUGGGUCACUUCAACAUAUAGUCACGGUUCACAAUUUUAUUUCACAAUUGCCGUUAAGCCUGCCACGGUGAAACUUGAACGCCAAAUAGAAAGUUUGCUCCCAUUCAAUGCUCCAAACGUUUUAUUGAUUUGUUUUGAUCAUGAUGAAGAUGGAAUUGGUAAUAUCAAGGAAGCAGUGGAGAAAUUGACUUUUAAGACCACUUUAACUAAAAGUAUCGAAGAAGUAAAGAAAUCCAAUCCAUUUAGACAUGAUAUUAUUUUAAUUGAUUCGAUCGAGGCUGCGGAGCAAUUGAGACUAUUGUCCGAUGUCAAGUACAUUCCAAUUGUAUUGUUACAUCCUUCCCUUUCUGUUAAUAUGAGGGUUUGUUUGGAUUUGGGUAUUAGUGCUUAUGGUAGCACUCCAUGCUCUCCUAGUGAUUUGGCAAGUAUUUUGAAACCUGCCUUGGAAUCACGUAGUAACCCACCAAAUUCUGACGGCACUUUAUCUUACAAUGUCUUGCUUGCCGAAGAUAAUAUUGUCAACCAAAAGCUUGCAGUCAGAAUUUUGAAGAAAAACGGACAUAAUGUUACGGUGGUCGAGAAUGGGUUGGAAGCUUAUGAGGCAGUUACCACCAAUGAUUAUGAUGUUAUUUUGAUGGAUGUUCAAAUGCCGGUAGCUUCAGGGUUUGAGGCCACAGCCAAGAUUAGAGAAUGGGAAAAGAAAACGUUCAGACAAAGAUUGCCAAUCAUUGCCUUGACGGCCCACGCAAUGUUGGGAGAUAGAGAAAAAUGUCUUCAAGCUCAGAUGGAUGAAUAUUUGUCCAAGCCAUUGAAUGCCAACUUAUUGAUCCAAACUAUCAAUAGAUGUGUUCAUAAUAUGCAACAGUUGAGAAAACUCGCAAAAACAGGCGGCAAUUCCAAAUUCGCUAGGAAUCUCAGAAAUCAUAUCUUGAAUCAAAGAAUGGAUGCUUCCAACCCUGAGUUGAAAAAAUCUGUGAUGUCAGAAGCUGAUGAUGAUCGUGGCGAAAUCCCAAAAGUCUCUGAAUUAGUGACUGCCAGGAAGUUGGGGAAAACGGUAUUUGAACAGAGUUUGGCCCAAAGGCCUUCGGCUUUGCCAUUACCUGAUAACACCACUUCUUUAAAUGAAAGUUAUAUCGAAUCAUUUAAUCGUGCCAAGGAAAAAUUGGAUAAAGAAAAGCAAAGGAGAUUGGAGUUGAAGAAAAGUAACGAGCAAGCACGGAUAAUGGAGCUUAAAAAAUGA